UAAAGAACAUGUGCUGCUCUUUCUAGGCCACCGAGGAUCCGUGGAAUGAGAUUGAUGGCACUUGAAAGUGGAUCACCGUUUAGUAUUGGACGGGUCUAGCUCCCCCCUCUUUCUCCUGCCUAUUAUUAGCCACGGAGGCCGAGUGCGUGGAGGUGGACCGGUCCACAUGACGGUCACGGUUGCAGCUCCGUGCGUUACCGGAAGGCGUGAUCGAAUGAGUGAGUGAGUGCUUGAGCUCGGCGUCCUCGGCAGUUGGAAUUAUUUUGUGUUAUUACAUGUGAUCCAGCCGAAGUAGACUGUUUUUGAAGCCUUGACCACUUCGCCCACGAAGAUGAGGUUAAACAGGGGUUGUCGCCAGGUGCAAAGCCGCAUCCGAUGGAGUCGUGCUUUGUGUCUCGUCCCUCGACCAACCCCAUGCGGCACUUCCUCGCCUUACGGUCGCAUUUGACAGAUUCUGAUAUGGACUAUGAGAGGCCUAACGUUGAAACCAUCAAGUGUGUGGUGGUCGGAGACAAUGCCGUGGGAAAGACCCGCCUUAUCUGUGCCAGGGCCUGCAACGCCACACUCACUCAAUAUCAGUUACUGGCGACACACGUGCCCACAGUCUGGGCUAUAGACCAGUACAGAGUCUGCCAGGAGGUUUUGGAGCGCUCCAGAGAUGUCGUAGAUGAUGUCAGCGUUUCCCUCCGUCUCUGGGAUACUUUCGGAGACCACCACAAGGACAGACGAUUUGCAUACGGCAGGUCCGAUGUGGUGGUACUGUGCUUUUCCAUUGCCAACCCGAACUCCCUGUAUCACGUGAAGACCAUGUGGUACCCCGAGAUUAAACACUUCUGUCCCCGUGCGCCCGUCAUCUUGGUGGGCUGUCAGCUGGACCUACGCUACGCAGACCUGGAAGCAGUGAACAGGGCGCGGAGGCCUUUGGCAAGACCCAUUAAAUCCAAUGAGAUACUGCCCCCAGAGAGAGGCCGGGAGGUGGCUAAAGAGUUGGGAGUGCCGUAUUACGAAACCAGUGUUGUUGCUCAGUUUGGAGUCAAGGACGUCUUUGACAACGCCAUCCGAGCUGCGCUCAUCUCCCGCCGCCACCUCCAGUUUUGGAAGUCUCAUCUCCGAAAUGUGCAGCGGCCGCUUCUGCAGGCGCCAUUCCUGCCGCCGAAACCCCCGCCGCCUAUCAUCACUGUGCCGCCGCCACCGACGACCACAGAAGAGCACCCAGUCGGUCUUCUGGAGGACCCCCACUGUGCUGAUGUCAUCCUGGUGCUGCAGGAGCGCCAAAAGAUCUUUGCGCACAAGAUAUACUUAUCGACAUCCUCCUCAAAGUUCUAUGACCUCUUCAUUAUGGAAACGCAAAACGAGGAGAGCGAACGACCCUCUCGCGGUCCCCUCUCGGGCCGAGAGCUGCUGAUGCGCGCCGCCAGCUUCGAUGUGUGCGAGAGCAGCGACGAAGGAGACCGGGCCAACCUGCGAGCCUGCACCAGUGACGGAACUCUGAAAGACUCCGAGGGAGGCCGUCGGGGACGCUUGCUUUCCUCGUGGAGCCGAGCGUUCGUCAGCAUCCAGGAGGAGCUUGUGGACGACCCCGUCACGUACAGCCCCAGGCCCAUGACCGUAGUACACAUGGACCAGUCCAUGCAGCCGGGACCCUUUCGAGCAGUGCUUCGCUACCUAUACACGGGCCAGUUGGACGAGAACGAGAAGGAGCUCAUGCACAUUGCGCACAUCGCUGAGCUGCUGGAGGUGUUUGAUCUACGCAUGAUGGUGGCAAACAUACUCAACAAUGAAGCCUUCAUGAACCAAGAAAUCACCAAAGCCUUCCAUGUACGCCGAACAAACCGGGUCAAAGAGUGCUUGGCUAAAGGAACCUUCUCUGAUGUAAUUUUCAAGUUAGACGAUGGAACCAUCAUGGCCCACAAGCCUCUGCUCAUCUCAAGUUGUGACUGGAUGGCAGCGAUGUUUGGUGGACCUUUUGUGGAGAGUUGCACAAAAGAGGUGCUGUUUCCCAACACCACUCGCAGCUGUAUGAGGGCCGUGCUGGAGUAUCUUUACACGGGCCGCUUCUGUUCUCGCACGGACCUGGAUGCCAUGGAGCUCAUUGUUCUUGCCAAUCGUCUCUGUCUCCCCCAUUUGGUUGCGCUUACAGAACUCUACACGGUAACGGUGCUGACAGAGGCAGCCAUGAUGGGAGCCGACAUUGAUGGCGAGGUUUUGGUGUAUCUGGACAUGGCCCAGUUCCACGGUGCCCAGCAGCUGACUGGCUGGUGUCUUCACCACAUCUGCACCAACUACAACAGCGUUUGCCGCAAGUUCCCCAGAGACAUGAAGGCUAAGUCCGCAGACAACCAAGAUUACUUUGAGAAGCAUCGCUGGCCACCAGUGUGGUUCCUGAAAGAGGACGACCACUACCAAAGAGCUCGGAAGGAGCGCGACAAGGAGGACUACCUUUACCAGAGGCGCCAGUGUAAACGCAAGUGGCUUUUCUGGAACCUUCCUUCAUCCCCCAACUCAAACUCUUCUUCUUCUGGUUCAUCCGCUGUCAUCUGAGCAAGUGGAUUUCUUGGUGCCCACAGGACUGAAGUGUCAAUCACCCCAAAAAAAAAAAAAAAACUCUUCUUGCAAAUGACCCAGACUUCAAAAGAGAAUACAAGCAGUAAAAAGAAGUAUUCAGCUGUACGAUAAUGACCUUCAUCCAACCAAGUGCUGCUUAUCAGCUGCAACAACCAGCAAAUCAACACACAACCCGAGUCUCAGAGAUAAAGCACUUUGCCCUUAAGUGUUUGUACAAUCGACCACACAAUGAGUACAGUCUGUCAUCAACAACGGGACCGUCGCUUAUCCGCCAUGUAAACAAGUUUGGUGUCUAAAUGUGACACUGUCGGCAUGUGUGUUCGUUUUCUUGAAUGUUUGUAUUCACCUCGCAGAACUAAAAGUGAGUCUGGAUAAUGCUCAGUAUUUAUGAUGAUGUGUCGUGAUCUUGUCCGUGUCCUCGCAAGGGCUGUCGUUUACAUGAAUGCAUUCAUUGUCCUGAGACACAAGAGAUGAUCUUUACUUUCAAACGUCAGACACACACACACACACACACGCACAAAAGAUCAAAUCACAUCACUUAUCACAAGGGAUGGUGAAAAAUAAUGAUUUAUCCGAUUAGUUGAUCGUUAAUACCUGGCUAGCUCGCCUUUUCUGGACUCUUCAUCACACACGAGAACCCUCUCUUUGAACAUUACAAGACAGGAAGUAUGGUGUCAUUGAAAGCUGCCACUUCCGGGGAAGGAAAGAUUCAAGUGGGAUACGAACCGAUUUAUUCCCAGACAGGGAUGUAUUGCUCAUUUUUGGUCAUUUCUCACACCUUGCACUACAGUGGAUGUUUGACAUGUUUUGUGUUGUGUGUGAUUGUAGGCUAGACUGCGGCAUUACAUUGGUUUGCAAACAUGAUGUUGAAUGAACAAGGGAAGGAUUGUAAAAUUGUACAUUGAAUGUUAGAUUAAGCGCGUUGAUGUAAUGCGCAGUUUCCUUAUUGUUGUGCACUGCAGGCAGUGAGCGGGACAGCAUGCUGUAAUGGAUUAAUACGUUACAGAAUAUAGACGUGAUUAAUUGUUUAUGUGCAGCUACUUACCGUUGUGGAAAAAUGACCCAAUGAAUCAUUUCGAUGGCCUCCAGUCACAUCGAUAUGAUAUACUGUAGUAUACUGUAAUUACAAAGUAGAGAUGUUUAAAUUGGACUUACAUUGCAACAGGGACACAUUACUAUGAAGGUUUAUUCAAUAGAAUCAGUAAAACACAUUUUGAUUUUAUUUUUAUAAUGAAAUAUUUGGAGUCGUAACAAGAUCUGAAAACCGGAAAGGGAUAUGAAUCAAACGAGUGUGUCAACCGAUUACCUGCUUGUGCCGUACUCCAUAAGAAAGAAAAAAAAAAAAUGGAAAAAAGUUCCCCACCACUGUUGUACAUUCAAAAGAAUUUAUCUCCUCUCUCAUAGCAACAAAAAUAUUUUAUGUUUCAAAUAAAAGGGAAAAAAAAAUUGCUCCUAAAAAAUCUUUCACGUGCUUUUCAUUGAACAGCAACAAUACUGCAUGUGAAAUUCAACGGAGACUCGACAUUGUUAAUGAAUAGUUAAUUAGCAGAAUACAAAAGUAAGAGGGAUGGAUAUUUUCUUUCCCAGUGGUGUGUUUUCAAUCAUAAACAUGCAUUGAAUGCCUCGCCGUUUUGCUUUUAGAGAACCUUCUGCUGAUGUUUUGCAUCAACGACACCUCACGCCUUAAUGUACAGUACAGUGUCCGUGUAUGGUAUUGAAUGUAAAGUAGUGUUACUUUGUUGGUAUCAAUGUUCAUAUUUCAGAAUGUGGAUGUCAAGCAAGUGGUGUGCAAUUUGAGUGCUUUAGUUUGAACUCGGCAUAUCUUCUGUAAUGCUCAUAACACAAAGCAAAUUUCAUAUUCUGGCCAAGAUAAAGUGAAGUAAAAAAAAAAUUGUUUGCAGCAUCUAAUGAAAGCAGGGAUAUAAAAUUAGUUUGUUCCAUUGACGCCUGAAUUGUUCAAGAAAAAAAAAUUAAAAAACAGCGUGACCGUGGGAAAUUACACUGGAAGUCAAAAUUGUAAAUAACUGCAAGCGAGAUGAUCUGCGUAUUUAAAUAAGGUUUUCUACUGUGCAUAUUGAAGUUUCUGACUUUGAAUCUACAAAUUUGCACUGCUUUGUAGUGAAAAGUUCUAUUCAAAUGACAUGAAUCAUCAGACAUGUAGACACCAUCAGGUAAAA